CAGAGCUUGACGGGGAGUCCAGUCUCGUUGAAUCCCGUGACCGGAAUUCAAUGGCUCCGUUCAGUUUCCGGUUUCUUUGCGAGCUGCUCUCAACGGACGUACGUUUGGAGGAGGUUGGGGAGAAGUCGGAGGUCGCGGCGGGUUCUGAACGGACCACCGCCGGUGCCGAUUAGACCCCUGCGGGGAACGGAGAGGGAAGGAUCAGAUCAAACAAAGUGCAGGGAAAAAGGAAGGCUGUUUCUGUAAUUUUGGUGCUGCAUUGUCGACCCUGACUCAUCCCCGUUUGGCCGUUUCCGUCACUUCAGCCACCCACCUCCUCAAAAAGCCUUUACCGCCUUCUUCGCUCGCCCUCCCUUCUGUGUGAAUUAUAGCCAUGAUACUGAUACCCCAAAUAUCCCAAAAGUGAAAAGAAGAAAAGGGGAAAAAGAAGCGCAGAGUACAUAAAACCAGACUGAUCUCUCUCUCUCCUUCCCUUCCUCACCCUCUCUCCUCCCUUUCUCUGCUAGAAACCAGAAGAAGAAGAAGAAGAAGAAAGAAGUGUCAUUUUGGGGUUCUUUUGUUUCUUAUACUCGAGGUUGGGAGUUGGAAAGACCAGUGGAAGAAGAAGAAGAGUUAUUUUGGGGUUCUGUUGUUUCGACUACUUUUGAGGUUGGGAGUUGCGAAGAUCAGUGGGGGGAGUUGGGGAGGAAGCAAAAAUGAAGCUGGUGGCGGAGAUACUGGAUGCCAGUGACCUGAUGCCGAAGGAUGGGCAAGGGUCGGCCAGCCCCUUCGUGGAGGUGGAUUUCGACGGGCAGCGGAUGAGGACGGCGACCAGGGAGAGGGACCUCAACCCCGUGUGGAACGAAAGACUGGAGUUUAACGUCACCGACCCCGACGCCCUCCAAAGCCAGACAAUCGUCGUCGAUGUCUACAAUGAUCGCAGGUCCGGUGCCCCCGGCCACCACAAGAACUUCCUAGGCCGCGUCAAGAUCUCGGGUUCCUCCGUUCCUCGCGCCGCCGACGCCGCCCCGCAGCGGUUCCCCCUCGACAAGCGCGGCCUUUUCUCCCACAUUCGGGGCGAAAUCGCCCUCAACUUGUACAUCGACGAAGGUUCUGCCGCGGUGCCCAAGCCUCCUCCUGCUGCUCCCGUUCCUCCGGCCGCUGCGCCGGAGGAACUGGAGCAGAAGGCGGAGAAGAAGAAGAAGAAGGAUAAGGAGAAGGCCAUGGAGUUUUCCGACCUCCCGCCGCCGGCGGCCGAAGCCAAGGCCGCCGCUGAAGUCCACAAGCAGACAUCGAGCAAGGGGAAGCCCCAUGUGGAGCACAAGAAGCCGGAGCAGGCCCGCGUCGAGCAGAUCUUUUCGAUGCACGCCCACCCUCCGGCACAACCCCCGCCCAUCGUGGUGGCUCCCCACCCGGCUUCCCUCCACCAGUUGCAGCGCAAGGAGGCGGAGUUCGGUCUGGUGGAGACGUCGCCGCCGCUGGGUGGGGUGGUCGGGUACUACAACCGGCGGGACAAGACGGCGAGCACCUACGACCUGGUGGAGCAGCUGGAGUUCCUGUACGUGAGCGUGGUGAAGGCGAAGGACCUGCCCGCCAUGGACGUCAGUGGGAGCUGCGACCCCUACGUGGAGGUGAAGCUCGGCAACUACAAGGGUACCACGAAGCACCACGAGAAGACCCUGAACCCGGUGUGGAACCAGGUGUUCGCCUUCUCCAAGGAGCGGCUGCAGGCGAGCGUGCUCGAAAUCACGGUGAAGGACAAGGACUUGGUGAAGGACGACUUCGUCGGCAAGGUGGUCUUCGACCUGUGCGAGAUCCCGGUGAGGGUGCCGCCGGACAGCCCCCUGGCACCGCAAUGGUACCGGUUGGAAGACAAGAAGGGGGAGUCCAAGGUGAAAGGGGAGAUCAUGUUGGCCGUCUGGAGGGGGACGCAGGCCGACGAGGCCUACCCGGAGGCCUGGCAUUCCGACGCGGUCUCAGUUCCUCCGGGCGCCAUCCACCACACCAAAUCGAAGGUCUACUUCUCCCCCAAGCUCUGCUACGUCCGGGUAUGCGUGAUCGAGGCGCAGGACCUGGUGCCCGGCGGCGAGAAGGGGCGGAUGCCCGACGCCUGGGUGAAGGUCCAACUGGGCCAACAGCUGCGGCGGACUAGGCCCUCCCCGUCCCAGAUGCGCACCGUGAAUCCGCUCUGGAACGAGGAGCUCCUCUUCGUGGCGGCGGACCCCUUUGAGGAGCACCUCGUCAUCUCCGUGGACGACAGGAUUGGGGGUAACAAGGAGGAGACCAUCGGCCGCCUGAUCCUGCCGCUGUCCAUGGUGCCUCGCCGGAACGACAACAAGAUGGUAGACGCCAAGUGGUACAACCUCGAGAAACCGUCCGUGGCGACGCCGGAGGGAACCAACGGCGAGAAGAAGAAGGAGGUGAAGUUCGCGAGCCGGAUCCACCUCCGAGUGUGCCUCGACGGCGGGUAUCACGUGCUGGAUGAGUCGACAUACUACAGCAGUGACCUCCGGCCGACGGCUAGGCAGCUGUGGAAGCAGAGCAUCGGCGUGCUGGAGGUGGGGAUCCUCGGCGCCCGGAACCUCCUGCCGUUGAAGACGAAGAACGGCCGCGGCAGCAUCGACGCCUACUGCGUCGCCAAGUACGGCCAGAAGUGGGUUCGGACGCGGACGCUCAUCGACUCCCUCUGCCCCAGUUGGAACGAGCAGUACACCUGGGAGGUCUACGACCCCUGCACCGUCAUCACCAUCUGCGUCUUCGACAACUCCCAGCUCGGCGACGCCAAGGACGCCAAGGACCAGCGCAUCGGCAAGGUCCGCAUCCGGCUGUCGACGCUGGAGACUGACCGCGUCUACACCCAUUACUACCCUCUUCUUGUUCUGCACCCCUCCGGCCUCAAGAAGACCGGCGAACUCCACCUUGCCGUCCGCUUUACCUGCUCGUCCUUCAUCAACAUGAUGCACAUGUACAGCCAGCCGCUGCUGCCCAAGAUGCACUACGUCAACCCCAUCUCGGUCAUGCAUCUGGAUCUCCUCCGCCACCAUGCCAUCCAGAUCGUUGCGGCGCGCCUUGGCCGGGCGGAGCCACCGCUGCGCAAGGAGGCGGUCGAUUUCAUGCUGGACAUCGACCAGCACAUGUUCAGCCUCCGGCGGAGCAAGGCGAACUUCUACCGGAUAAUGUCGCUGUUUCAUGGGGUCUUCGCCGUCGGCAAGUGGUUCAACGACAUCCGCAACUGGACGAACCCGGUGACCACCGUUCUGGUCCACGUCCUCUUCCUCAUACUGGUGUGCUACCCGGAGCUGAUCCUGCCGACGGUCUUCCUCUACCUCUUCCUGAUCGGGCUCUGGAACUACCGGUUCCGGCCGCGGAAACCCCCACACAUGGACACGAAGCUGUCGCAGGCGGAGCGGGCCCACCCGGACGAGCUCGACGAGGAGUUUGACACGUUCCCGACGAGCCGGCCGCCGGACAUCGUGAGGAUGAGGUACGACCGGCUGAGGAACGUCGCGGGGAGGGUGCAGACGGUGGUGGGGGACCUGGCCACUCAGGGGGAGCGCCUGCAGGGGAUACUCAGCUGGCGAGACCCGCGCGCCACCACCAUAUUCGUGGUGCUCUGCCUCUGCAUGGCAGUCUUCCUCUACGUGACGCCGUUCCAGGUGGUGGCCGUGCUGGCGGGGCUCUAUUUCUUGCGCCACCCGCGCUUCCGGAGCAAGCUCCCCUCUGUCCCUGUCAACUUCUUCCGUCGGCUUCCCGCCCAGACCGAUCGGCUCCUGUAGAUACCGGCCUUUGUAUCUCCUCCGUCAUCUAAUGGCUAUGUUUUCCGAGUACAUAAAUAGAUGAACCGAAUCAUGGUGAUGGUAAUUACGAUGAUACAUAGAUACCCUCUCUGUUCGUGGUCUUAUCUGUGGUCUGUUGUAAUGUAGUGAACAGUGGUAGUCUUUGGUCUCCGAGUCGGCUGUUGUCCAAAAAGAAAAAGAUUUUGUUUAUGUUUUGCUGUAAUCACCCUUAUGAAGAAAACCAGUAUUUGCUUAUAUUGUAUCAUAUGAUGUUGAAAAAGAGGAGAUUCGAUUGAUUGUUGGUU